AUGUGGUCCAACCGCAACAGGAACGACUCCAGUAGUAUCACAUCAGAAUCAUAUCCCAACAACGACGCCAUGCUGCCACGCACACCCCUGACAACAACAGCAACAACAGCAUCAUCAUCAUCGUUAUAUCGGUCUCGUCAGCGCCCAUCUCGCUAUAGCCCACUCCUUCUCUCCCUCCUUGUCAUCCUCAACACCCUCCUUAUCUCUUCCUUCUCACCUGCAUCCUCAACAGCACAUGCUGCCGUCUACGAAGUCCCCGUCAGCAAAGGCAAUGCUGCCUCAGUUCCUGCCCGACCAGGCGGUGGUCCUGGCUUCCAGGCCAAGUACCUAGGAAACUCAGUCAUCUCCAAUGCUAAAAACCUCGGCUACACUGGAACCAUCGUCCUCGGAAACCCUCCCCAGUCUUUUGAGGUCGUCUUUGACACCGGCUCUGACAUGAUUGUUAUCACCUCCGACAAAUGCGAGGGCACGCACUGUGCCGACAUGCCCCAUUACACCUGCAACACUUGCUCAAAGACUCCUUUUUCAUAUAACAUCACCUACGGCGACGGCACAUGGGGUGCCGGCCCCAUUGUGGCCGAUCGUGUCGCUAUCGGAGGUCUUGUGAUUCAGAACCAACAGAUCUUGGAUGUCACCCAGAACGCCCUCGACCUGUCCGCAUAUGGUACAGGUAUCGCCGGCCUGGUUGGUCUCAUGCCUAGCUCUCCAGUCCUCAACGCGAUCCCGCCACUCCAGACCAUCUACAAGGACAAGUUGCUCGACAUGAACGUCUUUUCUGUCUAUCUUUCGCCAUCCCUGGUCUCAAAGCAAGGUGGAUCGUUCUUGUUCGGAGGCAUCGACAACACAAAAUUCAUUGGUUCCUUGAACCAGGUCCCAAUUUCCACCGGGUUUAGCAUCAGCAAGGGAAUGUGGUACCUCACCGGCGACAAGGCCUAUGUAGGAGAUGCCGAGGUUGAGGGCUACACCCCAUCUCCUUGGCUCUUUGACACCGGUACCUCCUUCAUUGCCGUCCCUGCCUCCUUCGCCACGGCCUUCCAUGCCACGAUCCCGGGCGCCAACUAUUCAGAGACCAGCCAGGCCUACACUCUCCCCUGCAAGGGCAACACCACCUUUGGUGUCUCGUUCAAUGGAGUCAGGUAUUCGGUCCCCUACUCGGACUAUGUCGGCACGAGUGACCUCAAGGCCACCACCUGCGUCUCUCUCAUCAUGCCCCUUCGCAACUACAACAUGUUCAUCCUCGGCGACCCAUUCCUCCGACAGGUCUACGCCGUGUACGACUUUACCCCUGGUGCAAUCAGGAUUGGACUUGCACCUGUUAAUGUCACGGACCCUGCACUUGGAACAGAAGGUCUAUCUGGGGACCCAGUUCCUGGCGGUACUGUUUUGGGCAAUGCUGGUCAAAGACAAGUAGGAUCCUCCUGGGCCGCAGUGACAAUAGCCAUGGUCUCCAUUGCCAUUGCCUUGACCGUGUAG